CUCCUCUUGCUUCUAGCACAAUGAUUGCAGCUUGGGAAGUUAUACACAAGAAGCUGAGAGAAAGAACUGGCUGGGUCAGUUGCUGAAGAAUCUCUCUGUCGGGUGCAGGUUUUGAGAGUCUUAGUAAUUCAUAGAAGUUGACCUGAUCCUGAAGAGAGAUGUCCACAUCCUCUGGAUAUUGGGUGUCCGAGAAUGGUACCUCUGCUGACAAGGACAAUGUCUUUUAUGAAAGAGUGAGAUCCUACAACCCUGUCACCAAAAUGGUGCAGUUGGUGGAUACCCCUUUAUCUCCGAGAGCUGCUUCCCCCAGCCCAGGAUACCAGUCUCCUGCCACCUGGUCCCCUGAGCCACACCAAGUGCACCAUGUUGUCCAGGAAGUGUCACCUAAUUACACCCAGGGCACGUUAAGAAGAUACCUCGUUCAAAACUCUGAACCGGAAGUGUCACCUAAUUACACCCAGGGCACGUUAAGAAGAUACCUCGUUCAAAACUCUGAACCGGAAGUGUCACCUAAUUAUUCCCAGGGCACGUUAAGAAGAUACCUCGUUCAAAACUCUGAACCGGAAUUACAGUCAGGAACUGUCAGAAGGUAUAUUGUUCAAAACCCUGAACCGGAAACACAAACACCUUAUCAGCAUGAAACCAUUAGAAGAUAUAUUGUGCAGAAUCCUGAACAGCAAGCAUAUUUGAAAGGGGUCAAUUACAUCCCAGGAAACAAUGUUAUCUAUGAAAAGACCAUAAGAAGGGUUGAAAAGCAGACUCCUGAACUGGAGAAGCAGAUUACUAUCUCUAAAGGAAGUACCACAUCUUCAGUAAAUGAACAAGUUAUCGAACAGGUUUCAGUUCAGUCUGAACAGGAAAAACAGAUUAAUAUCUCCAGAGGAAGUAAUGCAUCCUACGAACAGGUUAUUGAACAGGACGUCCAGAAGAAGGUUUCAUUUCAGACAGAGCAGAAGCGCAGUGUGGAUUUUGGGCCAGAGCAGCUGGAUGCAAAAUAUUUUGGAGAGCUCCUUGCUGACCUAAGCCGUAAAAACAAUGAUCUGUACAGCUGCUUGAUGCAGCACGUGGAGAAGAUCGGAGCAAGGAAGCCAUCAGAUUCUGAAUACCAAUCAGCAGAUGAUAUUGAAUCUUUGAUCCCUAAAGGAGUGUCUGAACUCACAAAGCAACAAAUACGAUAUCUCCUGCAGAUGAGACAGACAUCUGACAAAUCCAUGAGACUGGUUUUAUCUACAUUCUCCAGCCUACGAGAAGAGUUGGCCCAUUUGCAGAAUGAUUUAAAUAAAUUAGAAUUCGACAAGAAAGCUCUUGAAAGAGAUUUGACAUUUAAGGAUACUCAAAUAAAUGAGUAUGAAGCCAUGUUGCAAAAUGUACGAGAAAAGAAUCGCCAGCAGCAGCAAGAAUUAAAGGAAAGCGCUCUAAAACUCCGCAGCUUAGAUGAAACAAUCCUGUCCUUCAGGAAUGCAGAAGCUGACAAAGAUUAUCGACUAAAAGAGCUAGAAUAUGCAAAAAAUGCUCUGCAACAAGAGAUCCAAACCCUGAGACUGCAGGUCUCCGACACCUGUUCCAGCUCAAUGCUUCAAACCAAGACUGAUGAGAUUUCCAGGCAUUACAAGGAAACAAUCAAUAGUUUGAGAGAUGAAAAGGACAAGGAGAUCCGCACUUUAAGGUCCCAGAUUUCCAAAUUCCAGCAUGAUGUCUCAGCUCGUGAAGGUUCCAGCAGUGAUUUGCAAAUGAGGUUGCUCGAGCUCACUGCUUCUUUGGAGGAGAGGGAGUCCUUAAUUAAGAGACAACAAGAGGAGCUCUUUCGACUGCGCCAUGAUAGAGACUCCAAAAACGUCACCAAUACAGUUGUUACUCAAAGAUAUAGAACCCAGUAUCCCAUCCUUAGGCUGUUGUCAGACCAACCUAACACACCUUUCAGAGAUACCGAGACAGUUGUGAUUGAGAGGACCGGUGAAACAAGGAAACAAGAAUACUUCACCAGACCUUAGAGAACUACUUCUUUCUUCUUAAUGAAAGAGACUGCGCUGGAGUAGUCAAAAGAAGAAAGUCGAAUGUAAUCUGGGAAUUAUGCCAUAUAAUGUCUUCUGUUUUUCAGUUAAAGAAGGUCCAGCUCUUUACUGAUAUAAAUAUAUGCCCUAGACACUGGUAAUGCCAGAUGCGUAGCAGCACAUAAGCAACUUACGGGGGUUCUUAGGCUGUUGGGCCUAGAGAACUGCCUCAUCUAGAAAGCACUUUGUCCUGGUAUUAUUGCUCAUUUAGAAUUUCAGAUGGCCUUUACUGUACAAUAUUAAUAGGCUAGUAUUUUUAUAUAGAACUACCAUAGUUCCAUUAGAUGUACAGCAUUUUAAAAAGCAAAUCUGAGCUUAAAAUAGGCAUUUUAUCAGCAAUUUGUCAGAGUUGCAAAGUUCUGUUUUAAUUUCAUAUCUUUAUGUUUAAAGCAGAUUAGUGGCACUCUGUGGAAAUACACGUGGACUGGAUCUUUGUUUUACUGAAAAAUAGAUGUGAAUAUUUUAUAUAUAUAUAUCUCAAAAUUAGCUUGUGGGCUUACAAUAAGUGUCAACGUGUCUAGAUCUUGUUCAUAAAAAAAAAAAUCUGUCACGUCUAAUACCUAUUUAGUUCUUUAAUGUCAAGGUUGGGUGUUAUGUGUUAAGGUGGAGCCGGGAAAAUACUUUUUUUCCCCCCUUUAAAUAUGUUAUAAAGAUUGUAACAGUUCUAUGGAAACUGGGGAUUCCAAUAUUAUGCUCUUUACAUUGUGGGUCAUGUAUUGUUAGCUUUAGAAAUAUACCAGCAGCAUGACUGGGCUUGUCAUUAGUGAAGAAGAAACAAUGCACCAGGGGUCACAAAAUGGAGGUCUGUAAGUAACUUCUGCCCAUGUGUGCCAGAGAUGAAAGUCCGGCUGUACCGUGUAAUCAAGAUAGCAUCAUGUAUGUGCAGGAACAUUCUCCUGGGACUCUCUACUGCUGAGUGAGAUACAGGUUAUUACAGGUGGAAGGAUAUAAGCUUUACACACUAAAGCAUUUUAGGCACACUAUGAAAAAUUGAUGAAUCCCCAAUAUGCAGAUGAAAUUGAUUCUGAACAUUAAGUCAUAUGACUCAGAAACAAAUAUAGAUAGGAUAGGACAUAGUUAAUAUAUACUAAUAGCAGGAGCAUUUUAUUAGUUUACAACAAAGGAGUAAAUAGAAUUCUUCUGGGAAUGGGAGAGCUGAGUGGGGCAAUAUAAUUCAGCUAGAAUUAAGUGCUAUAUAUUGUAUUCUAUUCUUUACUAAAGAGUUUAAAUCCUAUGGUUGACGGUAACGUAUGUUUGGUUAAGAUAUAUUGGGGGGGGUAAUAAUGCCAUAUAUUUAAUGUCAUCUGAUCAGUGAAUGUAUGGGGUACAUAUUACUAUAGUUUACUAAAUUAGCUGAAGUGUCUGCUUGAUAAUGGGUAAGUUUUAAGUGUUUAUGCUGCAUUACAUUUAAAAAAAUAUAUGAAUUUUUCUUUUCUUAAAGGGACAGUCAAGUCCAAAAACAACUUUUAUGAUUUAAAUAGGGAAUGUAAUUUAAAAAAAUCUUUCCAAUUUACUUUUAUCAUAAAUUUUGCUUUGUUCUCUUGGUAUUCUUAGUUGAAAGCUAAACCUAGGUGGUUCAUAUGCUAAUUUCUUAGACCUUGAAGAAUGCCUCUAAUCUGAAUGCAUUUUGACCACUAGAGGGCAUUAGUUCAUGUAUUUCAUAUAGAUAACAUUGAGCUAAAAUGCAAGUGUCAAAAGAACGGAAAUAAGGGGGCAGUUUGCAGAAGCAUAGAUACAAGGUAAUUGCAGAGAUAAAAAGUGUAUUUCUAUAACUUUGUUGGUUAUGCAAAACUGGGAAAUAGGUAAUAAAGGGAUUAUCUUUCUUUCUAAACAACAAAAAUUCUGGUGUUGACUGUCCCUUUAAGACAUUUUGAAUUCAUGUUCCAUUGUUGGGUUUUACCAUGUGCAACAUGUCAGUCUACUGCUUUUAAAUAAAGAACAGCUAAAAACAA